GAAAAAGUUUCGGUUUCGUUUAUUGGGCAGUGGAGGUGGAGGUGCAUUUAACGUUCUUUCUGGAGAAGUAAGCCAAAUUUGCAAGUGGGGAAUAGAAUUGAGAAAUUGCGAGCAGGAAUGAUGGCUGCUUUUUGGAGAGGAGAGAGAAAUUAACUGGAAAUAAUUCCCCCCUCCCUCAGAUCAGAAUGGAUAUCGGAAAACCAGAUCGAAAUUUCUGAACUGUGCUAAGGUGGCUGUAUUAAUAUGUCAUUGCCGAAAAUUCUCAAUGACUGAAUGACAUUUCUUUCACAAUUAAGGAUGGCUGAAAACAGAAGAUAUGACUUGCAUGCCGUAUGGAAUCAGGUAGAUGAGGACGAUUGCCAGACAGCUACAAGUGUGGGCAAAUCUUUAGGAUCCAAAAUUAGGCAAACAAAUGCUAGAGAAACUAGGAGAAAGCCUCCUGUAAGUGAACAGUCUGCAAAUGUUAAUCAUAAUUCAUCAUAUCGUAAUUGUAAUAGGCUUAACCAAAGACACAAAAAUAAAAUGCAGUCAGAUUUGGCUCACGAAAAGAACGUUAGAAUUCCUAGAGGACAAAAUGAACCCAGACUACAAAAUAAUGAAAGGAAUGGUUCUAGAAAUCAGAAUCAUUUUGGUUUUACUUUGAUGCGUGAAUUAGGGAAUAAGCCUGCUAAUGAAAUAAUAUGCAUUAUUAUUAACAGAACUAAAGAAUUUACUUCACUUCUGGAACAAAAGCGAAGUCGGGAUAUGAUGGCCUAUGUACUUAUAGCAUUAGGAAAAGCUUGUUCUUCGUCAAUGCGAGCUAAUGUCUCUAGAAUAAUAAACAUGGUUGCUAGUAUCAAGAAUUUUUUGUUAACUGACCUUCAGCAGUAUUUAAUAUCAUUUCAUAAGCACCCAUCUGAACAAUUUCAUAUAGAUUCUUUAGCUAGUGUGGUAGAAUUUUUGCAAAAAUAUCAACAGUCCUUUUCUGCCUCUGCAUCAGAUAUUUUAUUGAUUCUAAUGCCUUUGUUAAAAUCCACAUGUGAAAAUUAUUUGAGAAACAAUGAAGAAUAUUACAGAACAGUUCUUCACAAACUUGAUGAAAUAGAAAAGGAAAAUCAGUAUUUUUUAAGCAAGUACAGUCCUGAAGAAAUAAAAAAAUCAUCACAAAAUGAGAAGUUACAGUUAGAUAAGCCACCAGAAGAGUAUCGAAGUAUUCCUGUUUUCCCAACUGAUGAGGAUGUUCUUCAAGAAUGUACUUUUCUGCGCCCGAAUGUAAUAGAGGGCCGCUAUCAAGAUACUGAACAUUAUCUAGAUGUGCAGUAUCGUCUGCUUAGAGAAGAUUAUAUGAAACCUUUACGAGAUGGUAUUACAGAGUAUUUAAGGUUAAAACGAAAUCGUAAAUCAUUGAAAAAUUGCAAAGGUGUUAGAAUAUACCAAAAUGUUCAUAUCAUAAAACAAGAUUUUGUAAAUGGUGGCUUAGUACAUAUUGCUGAAUUUGAUAUUGACAUGUUUCGUAAUAUUAAAUGGGAGUCUAGUAAACGCUUCUUAACUGGAUCGCUUUUGUGUUUAUCUUCAGAUGAUUUUAAGACGAUGCUUUUUGCCUCAGUUGCUUAUAGAAUACCCGAAGAAUUAAAGAAGGGGCAUUUACUUUUGCGCUUUGAGACAACUACUGAUGAAGUAUUAAAUUUGACUCCUUUAAGAAAUUUUGUUGUGAUUGAAACUGAUGCCUACUUUGAAGCAUAUCGUCAUAAUCUUAGUGCUUUACAGGAGCUAAAUGAAGAGAAGCUACCAAUGAAGCGAUAUAUUGUUGAUGUAGAAAAGGAUGUCCAAAGUCCUCAAUAUUUAAAUAGAGCAACUACUUAUGAUAUGAGACCAUUGUUUAUGCCUUUAAGUGAGGCAUGUAUUGAAUAUGUUUCUCAUCUUAACAGAAAAGAUGAGACAAGAUAUACAUUUCCAAUGAAUAUAGCUCAAAAAGCAAAUGAAAUUCCUGUACUGGAUGAUAGUGCAUGGCCUAGUUUUGAUGAUUUAGGUCUAGAUAUUUCCCAGUAUAGAGCUUUGAAAGCUGCAAUCACAAAAGAAUUUGCUGUUAUUCAAGGUCCUCCUGGUACAGGUAAAACAUUUAUUGGAUUGCGAAUUGCCCAGUUACUUUUACAUAACCUAAAAAAAUGGAAUUUUGAUGAAAAGCAGUGUCCAAUAUUGAUUGUUUGUUAUACAAAUCAUGCACUUGACCAAUUUUUAGAGGGUUUAUUAUUUUUUACUCGAAGUAUUGUGAGGGUUGGAGGGCGUGGGGCCAAUACUGCUGUUGCAAGCUAUCAGUUAAGCAAUUUGAGAAUGCUUACUAAAGAGAAAAGAAAUGUGCCUUAUUAUUUAUAUGGAAGUGUACGUCAAAAACGUUUAGAGCUACAACUGCUAAAAGAUGAAAUUGAUAAAAUCAGGAAAUUUAUUGACCGUUCAGUUUCAUCAGUGUUAGGAGAAAAUAUUUUGCGAAAUAAUAUGCCAGAUUAUCAUUUUUAUUCCCUAAAACGAAAUUCUUAUCAUUUAGUAGAUGAUGGUUUUCUUGUUAAAGAUUGGUUAGGUAUCAGAGUCCAAACAGCUGAACAGGCUUCUAAUACUGAGUUGCUUGCUGAUGGAAACAGAAGUAAUUUGAACGAUAUUGCUCCUGAUGAUACUGAUGUUCAUUAUACCGAAGAAACUAAUGAAGAACAAAGUGAAGAAGAGGCUGAUAUUGAGUUUAUUGAAUCUCAGCGUGACAUUGAUACAGAUGAAUUUGCAGAUGUUUCUUUUCCAUCAGUUGAAAAUGAAUAUGAAGAAAAAACACAAAUUGUUGUCGAUAUCGGCUUUCAGAUGCAAGGAACCAAGAAGAAGUCAGCUAGAUAUAUUUCCAAACUCUUGAAAAAAAGUGAUACAAUGAAAGAAACUGAAGCUCUUUAUAUAAAAGAUGUGUGGCUUCUUGAUAAUAAUCAAAGAUGGCAAUUAUAUAAAUUUUGGCUUCAAUGUUUCAUUAAAGAAAAACAAGAAGAGUGCUUUCAUUUGCAACAAGAAUUGCGCAUAAAAUAUCAAGAAAUGUGUGAAUUACGUACUGAAGAGGAUUUACUUAUCCUACAAAAUGCUCAUGUUGUUGGUAUGACUACAACAGGUGCUGCUAAAUACAGAAAUCUACUUCAGCGACUUAACCCUAAAAUAAUCAUUGUUGAAGAAGCUGCAGAAAUCCUUGAAAGUCACAUAGUAACAUCAUUAGCACCUGGAACACAGCAUGUGAUAUUAAUUGGAGAUCAUCAGCAACUUCGACCAAGUCCUACUGUUCACAGGCUCGCAGUAAAAUACCACCUUAAUGUUUCUUUGUUUGAAAGAAUGGUGCAAAAUAGAAUGGAAUGUUUCAGACUGGCUAUUCAGCAUAGAAUGAGACCCGAAAUUGCAGAUUUAUUAGUACCACAUAUUUAUUCUGAUCUAAAAAAUCAUGAAUCUGUAUCUAAAUUUGAAAAUAUUAAGGGUGUGAGCAAGAACAUUUUUUUUAUUACUCAUAGCUUCAAUGAAUUGCAGGAAUAUGAUUCAAAAAGUAAAGUAAAUGAGCAUGAAGCAAGAUUUUUGAUAAAGUUGUGUAAAUAUCUUGUUUUACAAGGCUAUAAUCCAUCUCAAUUAACUGUUCUUACAACUUACAGUGGACAGUAUUUUGUUUUAAAAAGACUAGCUGCUGGAAGUUUAAUCCAGCAAGUAAGAUUUACUGUUGUAGAUAACUUUCAAGGUGAAGAGAAUGACAUUAUACUCAUAUCGUUUGUAAGAAGUAAUGAAGAGGGAGAAAUUGGAUUUUUAAAAGUUUCUAAUCGUGUUUGUGUUGCUCUUUCUAGAGCCAGGAAAGGUCUAUAUUGUAUAGGAAACUUUGAAUUACUUGCUGAAAGAAGUGACUUGUGGAAAGCUAUUGUAAGUACUUUGGAAAAGAAACAAGCAGUUGGAACUUCACUUCAACUUAUGUGUCAGAAUCAUCCUGGAGUAUCAACUGUUGUUUCGAGUGAAAAAGAUUUUGAUGCUGUUCCCGAAGGUGGUUGCACUCGCAGUUGUGAAUUUCGACUCUCGUGUGGACAUGUAUGCUCUCUGAUGUGUCAUCCAUAUGAUAUGUUGCACGAAUCGAUUCGAUGCGUUAAACCGUGCCGUAAAACAUGCGAUAAAGGACAUCAGUGCAAUAAGAAGUGUUAUGAAGAUUGUGGUUUGUGUAUGAUAAAAGUUGACAAAAUAUUGCCAUUAUGUGGUCAUGCAAUCAAGGUUAGAUGUUAUCAACAGAGUGAUACAGAUUUAAUGUGCACAGAAAUGUGUGAAAAAUUUCUUUUUUGUGGCCAUAAGUGUACAAAUAAAUGCAGUUCAGAGUGCAAUACAAAAUGCAAGCAAAAUGUGUCAGUUAUUUCUCCAAAUUGUGGUCAUAAGGUUACACUAGAAUGUUUUAAUUCUAAUAACAUGGAAAGUUUACUGCAAAAGUGCUCUGAACCUUGUAGAGUUGAAUUAGCCUGUGGGCAUAUGUGCCGUGGAACUUGUGGUACAUGUCAUCAGGGGCGUUUACAUAUUCUUUGUAAUCAGCGUUGUAAACGUAUUUUAGUUUGUGGGCAUGAGUGUAAUGCAUUGUGUUCCAAGAGUUGUCCUCCUUGUAAACGACCAUGUGAAAAUCGAUGCAUUCAUAGUAAAUGCCCGAAGAAAUGUGGGGAACCUUGUCAGAAAUGCUCUGAACCAUGUGAGUGGGCAUGUGCACAUAAAAAAUGUCAGAAUUUGUGUGGAGAGUUUUGUGAUCGUUUGCCUUGCGAUGUGCCCUGUUCUGAAACUUUACAAUGUGGACACCAAUGCAUCGGACUUUGCGGCGAACCUUGUCUGUCCGUCUGCAGAGAAUGCGAUAAAGAACAAGUUCAAGAAAUUUUUUUUGGAUGCGAAGAUGAGCCUGAUGCAAGGUUUAUAUGUUUAGAAGAUUGCAAACACUUUUUUGAAGUUGAAAAUAUUACUUUGUGGAUGAAAAAUAAAGAAGAAGGUGAAAUACAAAUGAAAGUAUGCCCUAAAUGCAAAACUGUGAUAAGGAAAAAUCUGCGAUUUGGAAAUAUUGUGAAAUCAUGUCUUGCUGAUAUUGAAAAAGUUAAGGAAGUGACCUACGGGAAUAAAGAAAGAAAUUUAAUGAAGAAAAGUGAUUUGCUUUCUUCUGUUUUGAAAAGUAACGAAACAUUAAAGAAAAUAUGCAAACCGUUAAUUAGUGUUUUGAUGUCGAGUAAAAGCAGAAGUGUACAGGAACUUACAACUAUGGAAAAUGUUAUUAGUAUUGUAUCCGGUUUAGUGGAAGUAACAAAACUAAUGUACAGUUUCUCCUACGAUAGUCCUAACAGCGAUCUGGAAGUACGGGAUUCCAUAAAGUUGUUAGUAUCGUAUGUUAACUUAACUAUGAAAUGGAUAACUGAAUUUAUUCAAGAUGAGUUUUUAACUGCUUCUGAACAACAGUUGCAGAUGCUUGUUUGGGAGGCUCAUCGUUUAAAAUUAAUAGAUACAGUGCUGAAAUUUGCUCAUCAUAGAGUAAUUAAAGCCAAUGUAUAUUUCAAAAAUAUUGCAAAGAUUCUUCUCGAAUACAGGGCAUUCAGUGAUGAUGAUGUGAAGAAUUUCACUGUCAAUUUUAAAAAGUUAGCUGAACUGCUAGACGAGUCUGUGAUUAAUGUGAGUGAUUUUGAAAAGCAGUCUAUUUUAAAAGCAAUGGGCUUAUCAAGAGGGCAUUGGUACCAGUGCCCUAAUGGCCAUGUAUAUUGCAUUACUGAAUGUGGAGGUGCUAUGGAAGUAAGCAGAUGUAAUGAAUGUGGUGAAAGAAUUGGCGGCAGCAGUCAUGCUCUUUUGUCUUCUAAUCGAGUUGCAACAGCAAUGGAUGGUGCUAGAUACUCAGCAUGGUCGGAUGCAAUGAAUAUGGAGAAUUAUCGUUUCUAAAACUUGUAUACUACUAUGUUAUAAAUAGGAAUUCAGAAUUAGAUACCUCAAUUUUAAUAACUUUUUGUGGUGUGGAUUCCAUUAUAAAAUGUUCCAGUAUGCAGAAUCAUUUUGUAAGGAUACCCUUUUUUAAAUAAAGUAGUACAUUAUUUGAAUACUUAAAAACUUAACUGCAUGUUGUAUGAAAGGAAAUAAGAUUUUUUUUUUUCAGUAAUUUGAUUUGUUGAUUGGUGUAUUAUUUAAUGCUGUAGCUAAAAUAUUUUAUUAUAGAUGAUGGUUGUCUUGUUAAAGAGAAAUAUCUUGUUUAUGAUAUAGUAUUGAAAAAUACUAUAUAAUAAACAAAUUAUCUCAUUUGUUUAUUAUAUAAUAUUGAAAAGUUUGUUUUCUACUUAAGAUGGAACCACUAUGUUCUGUAUAUAGAACAUUUGUAUUAAAAUAGCGUGUUUAUUAUUUACUUUGAUUUUUGUUAAUUUUGAGAAUUAAAAUUUACCAAUUUGAUAUUA